AUGCCGCACACAAAGGUAGCCAUCUCGCUGAACAGCAAGACUGGCGUGCCGCUGGUGUUCGACCUCGACGACGUCAGGCGGAUACGGGGGCUGGGCGUGCUCGGUACGCUGUGUGGCUCACUGCCGACCGCCGCGCAGCAGAACCUAUUUCUCACGGUGCCUCUGCGCCUGAUGCUCGAGGACGCGGUGUGGCUGGUGCUCUCGGGGCACGCGUACUUCUCGUUCGAUGACAAGCUCCUGGUGCAGGCGGCGGGCUCGCUGACAGCCGCCGAGGUUUGCAGGUGGAGGCAGGACACGGAGCGGGGGCUCGAGCAGCAGCGGGAGCUGCGGCGGCGGGAGCAGCAGCUCAAGCUAGCGGCCCUGCACCGCACUGCGGACGAGACAGACACCCAGCGGCGGCUGCUCGAACAGAGCCUCUUCCUGGAGACCGAGAAUUGCUCCAAGAUGAUCGCGGCCGCCGAACCUGCCGGGCUCCAACUCGCGAUUCUGCGGGAAAUGGUGGCGCAGCACCUGGAUCUGGGCAACUAUCUGAUUUAUCGGUACCUGCGCGAGGAACAGUACUUCCUGUCGGCGGGCGGCCGGUUUGGCGCUCGGUAUGUUGCCUAUCCUGGAGAUCCUCUUCGUUAUCACUCCCAUAUGGCUGUGCAGCCUGCCAUGGACUACUACAACGAGUCCCUAGAUCUGCUGCACGUGGUCGGGGGCGGCCGUCUCGGCACAGGGGUGAAGAAACUAUGGGUCGUCGGCGGCGUGCGCUAUCGCGAGGCUGAGGCGGCUGCAACAGCUGAAGAGCAGAUCCCGCCCCCUGACACGUUGGAUCGUCUGCUCGCUACCAGCCCGCCGGUUUCGGUGUUUUCAAUAGAGUGGUCGGGCUUCGGUUAG